UACUUGAUCCUGCUUAAUCUCAUCGCAUCGCAUCUCUUUAUUCACACAGGGAGCGAGUUUCUUAAAGAGUGAACAAAGAAGAAGAAGGGAUCGUAGUGUGUAGUUUAGUUUAGUUAUUUAAUAAUAAAAGGGACGACAGGAAAUGGAUCAUAUACAUUACAUUUCAAAAAAAGAAAGAAAACUGUGCACACUACUUGACAGAUGACUCCUUGGUAUGAAGUGCAUCUUUUACUGGCAGGAUACGACUUGUUCCCUUUACGACACGGUUAAAAAUGUGGUAAUAAAAUUGGGCACAGAUUUUUAUUAGGUCGAAAAGGUUGGGAUGAAUUAUUUAUUGCUUAAGGUAUAUGAGUUGAUAACUUAUUAUCAAAGUAUCUGUUCAGUAAUCAUUGUUCGCCUGCGGAAAUUUGUUUAAAAUUUUGGACGACAAAAUUGCAGAAAUGAGCUAACCCAAUUAUAUUUUUCUUAAAAUAGACAUUCCAGAUUUUGACAAUUUUCUAAAAUUGAAACUCAUCGAAACCAGUCUAAAAAACUUAUUUAAUCAACUUACUGACUGCAAAUUUUCUGUACAGAAUUUUAAAAUAAAUUUCCAGAUCUUUCAAACGAUUAGCAAUGUGCGGACUUUUACGAUUUUGAUGAUUAGUAAACGAGUCAUAGGUUACCUAAAUUUUAUUCCAGAAAUUGUAUAGAACUACAUUUUUUACAAAACGGGUAAAAUUUAUCCAGUUUGUGUAAAAAAAUGUCACCGUUACUAAACGCUGUCCUAAUUUUGUUCAGACAUUAAUUAGUGUGCCCAUGUUUAAAAGUAUAAAAUAAAGGUCUUGUUUAAGCCUUAAACAUUUUCUUCUCCUACAAACCUUUUUGGUAAGCAACAAGUGUGUGUGGUGUGCACAUUUCUCUUUUGUCCCAAGAAAAGAAGACGACGUUAUUGAGAAGUUUACUGGUUGGUAUCUGAGGUACUUUUGUUGUUAAUCUUUUGUGCUCUGAAAAUAUAACGCGAACGAUUUACACAUUCCAACAAAACGAAACUAAGAAAAGAAGUGACGUUUGGCUGACUACCUGAAGAAGAAAAAGGGUCCAUCCAUCUCAAGACUACGUAGAAAAUAUCUAUCUACUUACCCUUGUCUCAAUCCUGAAAAGGAAUGGAUCGGACAUAAAGGGUGUCACAUAAAUUUCGGAAAUUUUUUUGUACCCUGGAAACUUUGACCCAUUGAAAAUUUGACAGUUUUAGUUUUAAGACAAAUUUUUGUACCCUAUUUUUUGUGACACCCUUUACGCAGGACCCCUUAAGACGAAGGUUUAGGUACCCAGUUUAAGAAAAAGGGGAACGUAUAUAUUUUAGUUGAGGGCUUGAUUUUUGUGCAUGGGGUCGUUUACUUACACGGUUUACAAAUUGCAUUCCGUUGUUGCACUAGUCAUCAAAUAAAUGAUGCACUUGUCGUCGUUCUGUUGGCAUUGCGUUGCUGCCUGCUUAACCGAACGGAGGUCUGCGUUCCUUCGUUAAUUAAUUUGUUAACGGAGCAUCCAAUCCACCCACUUGUUAAUUAACUGUGUAAAUAUUUAAUGUGUCAGUGAAGCAAGUUAUUUAUUAUCAUAUGUGAAAGCUCAUUAGUUUUUGGGUGGUCGUGUUAAGGCGUUAGUGAUUUGAGGAGAGGGGAUAGAUAAAAGUGAUAAAUUUGAGUUAGUCAAUUUUUGAAGAAUUUUCUUUUUGAAAAUGUGGGAUUUAUUGAAAUUGGAGAAAUGGAAGUCGAAAUCGUCUUCGCUUUUGUGUGGCGAUCUUUUGAAGAAGAAGGGUACAGGGGACGGGGAGAAGGGGGGCGAGGGAGGCAGUGAUACGAAGGAUGGGAAGGGAGAUAAAGUCGUUAAAGUUAAGAAAGAGAAGAAGAGUGACGUUCGCAAACGUGAAAAAUACUAUAUCAAAAAUGCCUUGGCGAAUAAUAACUUCCUUUCGGAGAGGAAUUUGUGCGAGGGAGUUGAUCUGGAUAAGCAGCAGCGGAUCAUGGAGUGGCGGAGACGUGGUGGGAAGCCGAGGCCAAAACCGGCAGCUGGUCAGCAGCAGCAAGGCCUCUUCGCACCUUCCGGGUCAGCAGCUAAGGGCGGAAAUGCGGCCGGAAACGGUGGUGGGUUUGGAUUUGGGCAGCAGACGAACAGCGUAACUUUCAACACGCAAAAGGCCACCUCCAGCAAAGAGUCACACACGGAAUGCAAAAAACGGGAAUCGCAGCUAAAAGCGGAUUUGGACACGCACGUGAAAUACGUAGAGAAGCAGGCCGCCGCCCUGCAACAAAUGGAACAGACGAUCGCUUAUCAGUACGCGGUUAUCCAGCAGAUGUCGCAACAGAUCGAGGCCGGCAUGGUGGGCGGGGCUUCGAGUGCGGAUACCUCCUCGGCGUCAUCCUCCGCCUCGUCGGGAAUGGGUGACCCGCUAGCCCAAUUAACUAAGCAGUUCGAACAGAUGGCGGGUCAGGGUCAAGGUCAAAGUCAACGAAGAAAGUCGCGUCGCAGUAAUGCCAACCAGGCGGAAGAUGGAGUUUGGCUAAAAUGAUGUGCAAAGUUUUGCAAAUUUUUCGCAACAUUUUUUUACUACGUGGAUGGAUGGAAAUUUAUUACACUUAUUGAAAUAGUCUCGCAAUAAUAACAACCAAGCGGAAGAUGGAGUGAUUUUUUUCUAAUUGAGGAACGAUUUUGCAAUUUUUUUGCAAAAUUUUUGCAAAGAUUUUUAACGCGUGAAUGGAAAUGUAUUACACUUAUUGAAUUAGUCGUCAUUACAAUUGUUUAUCAUUGCAAUGUAUUAAUUUUAGGAAAAAUGAAUGCGCUUAUUAUGAAAAUGUGAAACUUAUUCGUGAGAUUUUUAAAGUAGUGAGAUUUUUGUGAAAAAUAAUAAUUAUUAAGUUACGUUUUUAUGCAUUAUGUAUUGUGUAAACUCCUAAUUUUGUCGGAAUUUAAAAAAAUAUUAUACGUUUAAAAUAAAGUUCUUCAGAAGAUUUAUGAAAAUUUUAAGAAUUACCGAGAGACAAUUAUUAAAUUUAUAUUCAUAUUUAUUUGUAUCAUAAGUAUGAUUGUAUAUCUAGUUUGGCUGGAGAUUCGUUUUUAAUAGUGAAUGAAACAUAAAUUUGAAAAAUACCCUUAACUUUUUAUCAGUGUAGAAACCUUGUGUUAGUCGAAUAACAUAAAUAAAUCAAGAAAUAAAUAAUAAAACCUAUGUAACUGGUAAAAAAUA